GGGUUUUCUUUUCCAUUAUCACUGCUAAUUUUUCUCCUACAAUUCACACUCACUCUACUCUCACCGUUUUUCUAUUGUUGAUUGAUUGAAUCGAUUCAUGGACGCUAAGAACAAUCUUUAGGGUUCCGUCUUGUUGUUCGCCGCUAGUUUUUGAUUUCCGAAGUUCGUUUAUUGUGUGUUGAAAAAUGGCAUCAACGAACCCUUUUGAUCUAUUGGGUGACGAUGAUAACGAUGACCCAAGUCAGCUCAUAGCGAAGCUGCCCGCGAUUGUUGCUGCAGCGGCCCCGUCCACCAAGAAAUCGCAGGCUGGUGGUGUGACUGCUAAGCCGACAGCCAAGCUUCCAUCAAAGCCGCUUCCUCCUGCUCAGGCUGUGCAAGAGGCUAGGAGUGAUGGUCAGAGGGGAGGAGGUCGUUUCGGUGGACGUGGUGCUGGUCGUGGUGGCCGUGGUGGACGUGGGUUUAAUCGUGAUUCAGCUGACAAUGAGAACUCAUAUGGAACUAACAAUGGCUUCUCUGGAGGUUACAGACCUUCAGAUGAUGGAGAUCUUGAGAAGUCCUCUGAAAGGCGUGGUGGAUACAGUGGGCCCCGUGGGGGAUUCCGUGGAGGUCGUAGAGGUGGCUACAGUAAUGGGGAUUCAGAAGGUGAACGUCCCAGGAGGGCGUUUGAACGCCGCAGUGGAACUGGUCGAGGUAAUGAGUUUAAGCGUGAAGGUGCUGGUCGUGGCAAUUGGGGAACUGCUACUGAUGAGGUUGCCUUGGAGCAGGAAGAACCGGUGAUUGAAGGUGAAAAGAAUGUGGACUCUGAGAAGCCAGCUGGACAGGAAGAUGUGGUUGAUGCCACCAAGGAGAAUCCUGCAACUGAGGCAGAGGAGAAAGAGCCUGAAGAGAAGGAAAUGACGCUGGAGGAGUAUGAAAAGGUGCUAGAGGAGAAGAGAAAAGCAUUGCUAGCACUGAAAUCUGAGGAAAGAAAGGUUGGAUUGGACAAGGAUCUUGCGAAAAUGCAGUUGCUGUCGAACAAGAAGAGUGAAGAGGAUAUCUUUGUUAAACUGGGUUCCGAGAAGGAUAAGCGCAAAGAGGCUGCUGAGAAGGAAGAGAGAGCUAAAAAGUCGUUGAGCAUUAACGAGUUUCUGAAGCCUGCGGAAGGGGAAAGGUACCAGAAUCCAGGUGGGCGUGGUAGGGGCCGUGGACGUGGGUUCAGAGGAGGAUAUGGUGGUGGAAACAGAAUGAACGAUGUGGCGGUUGUGGCUCCAGCGAUUGAGGAUGUUGGUCAGUUCCCAUCUUUGGGUGUGAAGUGAGUUUGUCUACUUUUCCUAAGAAGUUAAAUGGUGGUAUGUUUUAUUAAGUUGUGUAAAUUGUUUAGUUUGGCCUGGUGUUUUGUCUUGAAUCAUCAUGACUUGGUAUUUGUAGGCCAUUUUGAGAUUACCAUUUUUAUAGCCUUGGAUGUUUUGAGUUGUUGCUCAAUUCUCAGUUUUGAAUUAGAGUCAUUUGGUUUCAUUUC